AUGACGUUUGCAAACAAUCACGACGAGCGAGAACGAUUGCUCGUGAAGCACCACCACGCGGCUGAUGAGGAUGUGCGCGAAUUCGACGCGUUGAAGACGACGAAAACGACGACGAGAUCUUCUUGGAUGAAAUCUUCGCUUUUCGCAACAAUUGGCGUUUCGGUAUCGUUGUUGAUCUGUUGCGCGUUCGUUGCGAUGACGGCGUCGUCGUCGGAGUCGUCGUCGCUCGGUGUCUCGAAGUUCAGUACGAACAACAAAGGAGUCCUUUUGAACGUGUACGGCUCGAAAGAAGCGGGCGCGAGCACGGCGUCGAGAGCGAAAUUCUCCGCGACGACCAACACGGAAGAAGAAAGUGUGACUCAACUCGCACAACUGGGCUACGCGGACGUGGAUUUAGAUACCGCCGCGUUGGGUGCGAAGGAAAGGAACAUGAUCCAAGCGUCGCUGGCGAUUGAGAACGUGCAGCGAAAGAUCAAGCGCUUGGAAAAGGCGAAGCGGCAACGCGCUUUGAACGUACAAGACGAGGACGAGUACUUGGAAGACGAAGUUACCGCCGACGAGAAUGUCGGAGAGGGCGAAGAAGAGGCGGUGGCGACGGCCACGACGGGGGCGGAAGAAGAAGGAGAAGAAGAAGUGAAAGAAGUGAAAGAAGAAGAAGAAGUGAAAGAAAAAGAGCGAGAAGCGGAGGACGAACGAAACGCGGCGGUGCGAAUGUUAACCGGAGAAGACCCGGUCGUUGAAGAAAAUGAAGAGAAAGAAGGAGAUGAAAGUAACAACGAUGAAGCAGAGAAGGCGUUACCGCAAGCGUCUUCUACGAUCGUGAACCAAAAGUUGGAGGAAGAGUUGAAAGAAGAAGAGAAGAACAACGCCUCCGCCGAGUCAGAGGAGAGCGUCGAGGAAAAGAAAAGCUCUUUGGAGGAGAUGGCUUUGGCGUUCGAAAAAGAGAUGGAACGCGCGGCAUUAGAGGAUGAAUUUACCGCGAUACCGGAAGAAGAAGUGAAAGAAGGGGAACAAGAACCAGAAGCGACGGCGACAGCAGAAGUAGAUCCAUCUGAAACGGCCAACGAGAAGACGUCCGAAGAAGGAGAAGAAGAAGAACAACAACAACAACAAGGAGAACAAGGAGAAAUAAUUACUCCGUUGGAAUCGCUUACGACGACGACGACGACAAUAACACCGCGUCAAACUUCGUUGCUCCGAGGUUCGACCAAACGCGACUUAUCGGACACCGAGUUUUCCAAGCUUCAAAAGCUACUCGAAUACAACGCCAAGAAACGCGGCGUCGACUUGAAAUCAUCGUCGUCCGCGGACACGACGCCAGAACAGCCUCCGAAAGCAGAACUGUGCCCGUCCUCUGCUAUUUACGCCGGUAAAUGCGAAUGCUCAACGUGCGCGUUGGUUUUACCGAUGCCAGAUAUGGUUGGAACAUCGCUCGGCAAAGAAAUUGACUCGCACGAAUGUGUCGCCAGAAUGAACGCGCAAUACAUCGAAGUCCAGAAUCCAUCCGAUUCGAACAAAUUAGCCAACCCGAGAGAUUACGGUUCGAAAACCGAUUUCGUCUUUUCCAACGUCGUCGAUCACACGUUAAAAGAUUUAAGGAAAAACUUGAACACGACGGAAGGUAAAAAGUUGAACCAAAAAGUCAAACACAAGUUUCUGCACGUGCCGUUUUGGAGACCGGCUUCGGAAGUGUUUGAUUUCUUGGAAGCUCACAACGAUUGGAAGACGAUCCCACAUGCGGUCACGAAGGAAACGACCGAUUUGUUCUCGCAGAUGAAAGGUGCGGAAGGCAAACAGUGGAGUUCAGGAUUCCUGGCGUACGUCAUGUUGUCGAGACACUAUUGCGCCAAGACGACGGUGUAUUCCUAUUGGAGAGCGGAGGAGGACCCGGCGAGUCAAGUGUACGUGACCAACUCGAAAGGUGGAGCGCGGAAGAUGUGGAGCGGACACUCGUUCGGUGGCGAACACGAAUUUAUUAAAAAUGCGGCGGAAAGCCACGAUUUUGGAACUAGAGUACGAUAUUUAGACGCGCUUAAAGAAGGCGCAAAUAAAGGUGAAGAAGUCGGGGGUAUAACGCCUUGA